GAAGAAUAUAACGAAAAGAAGCCCCGCCUUUUCUGGUUACAUCAGCCAAUGAGCGUGUAGCUUCUUUGUCUACUUCCUGCAAACACACAACAUGUGGAAGUACCACUUUUCGAGCAUAAAAGAGCCCACAAACAAUGAGGUUUUUCUACAUCAGCAGAGACUCGCAGUAUGAAUGAGUACUUUAUGUUAUAUUUGAAUGUUAGCUCACCUGUGCAGACUUAUCUCAGCCGUUAACUUAGCAACGGAACGUUGUCUGCGGUCAGAAACAGCUCAGUUUCUCCCUGAAGGUGGACUUUACACACUGAGCAAGUGAUUAAGGGCAGCUGUCUAACUACAGGCAGGGUGCUGUGAUCAUUAUGGAUGACUUUCAAAGAGAGCUACGGCUUCUCAAAGACUCUGAGGGUGAUGCGGAUUUAUCAGAUGACCAGUCUUCAAAGGGGACGAAUUCCAAACUCCCCGCCGUUAAACCCCGGCAUGUAGAGACACGGAGAACAUCUAGUUUUCAAAAGAGUACCAAAACCUGUCUGCGGCUGAUCACCGAAGCCCUGCUGCAUCAUAGAUGGCAAGAAGCAGCAGAAUACAUGGCCUGUUUCACACAGAGAUUAGAGGAACCAAAACACGGGCCAGUUGUGCAGUCCAAGGAGCUUAUUUGGAGAAUCAGCACUGAGAUCCUUCACCAUCACCCGAACUCAAAGAUGGACGACUACAACAACAUCUACGAACGGAUGAAACACUCAGGAUUUACAAAUUACCUGAUGAUCUCUCUGGAACAUGCCUUCCACCUGCUGCAUAACGGUCACAUCAAGGACGCAAAGCAUCAGCUGUCCGUCGCUGAAAGUUGGCGGCACGGGAAUGAGUCGGUAGUGCAGAAUAAGAAGACUGAACUGAUUCACGUCUACAAGGGUUUACUGGAUUAUGUGAUGUGGUGUGACAAAAAGUCCACCUUCAACCAUGCUGAGAAUCUCGACAAGCAUGACAACCAAGACAUGAACAACCUCUUCAGAGCGGCCUCCGUGCAUCUAAAGGAGAUUUUGAAAAAACCUGGCAUCUGGGAUCCUUUCAUACUGAGUUACGUUGAGAUGCUGGAGUACUAUGAUGAUCAUGAGGAGGCUCUAAGAGUCCUGAAUGAUUACGCAUAUGACAACAAAUUUCCACCUAAUCCCAACGCUCACGUCUAUCUGUACCGGUACUUACAGCGGCAAAAUGCUUCAGAGAAAAAACUGAUGAAAGUAUUGAAGGUCCUCUGUGCAUUAGUCCCAAGCCAUGAGUUGAUGUUGGAGUACAGCGGUCUGCUGCUUAAAUCAGAUAAAAUCACCGACAUUCAUAAAGCUUUAGGAGUUGUUCUGGAAAUGCUCGACUUUGCCUGCUGGAGGAGCAGCCUUGAUGCGUGGAAGCUUUUAACAGCCAUUAUUCAAAAACUCAAGUCACAACCCAACUGGAAGGACUCUGUUGCUGAGAAGAUGGCUGCAAGAAAAGACUGGUGGCCUGCCCUGCACUUCACGAGCUUCCACGCCAGUAAAGACUCUGAGGAGAACCCGGAGCUUAAAGAAGUGAAGGCAUCACUGACAACGAUCCUGUGCCCUGGCCUAAUGCUCAAAUACAAAGCUUGACAAACAACCAGUGGAAAGGGAACUGGAAAGAAGAACUCAAAUUCUCAGCCAAUAUCCCAGCUGUGACGCUCCUGUAAUGGAGAAACAACAGAAACCCCCCAACAAAUGGCUCCUAAUGAAGAGCGAGUGACUUCAUGUUAUGAAAUGUUUAUCUUGGCAAGUGACAGAAUAUUGUUUAGCUUCACUAACACACCAAUAUUAAAAAAUAAAUUCUGUUUUUGAAUUCUUGUUAAAAUAUGUUUGUGUGGAUGUAUUUUUUCCCACCAUGCUACACCUCCCACCAUGUUGUGCUCUUGUUCAGUACUUUAAAGGCAGAGUGUGGCCCUAAAUUUCAGUUGUCAUGAUUGUUUGGUGGGUGAUUUCCAUAAACAAUUUCAAUGGAAGCAGAGUCCCAUUCGGACCUCUGACUGCUGUUCGGAGGGGCUUUAAGGUCACGACGCACUCUGCAUGAGGGGCAAGAAUCAACACGCAGCUUUCUGCAACAUUACA